UGAAUUGCGGAUUUGAAACGACUGAGGAUUGUUUCUUCGAAAACAGCCAGCCUUCACAGCGUCGCAAAAGAACAACACAGGAAAUUUUGCUCGCCGAUAAUUUUGACUGGAUAUUUGGAAAAUCAGGUCCAACACCCUCCUCCAGAACGGGUCCCAGCAGCGCUAUAGUAGGUGUCAGAUAUGCCUACAUAGAAGCAUCAAGUCCACGAGCAUCUGGUGAAAGGGCAGUCAUUCGAACAACCAACACAUUUAGAGAAACAUUACAGUGCAUCAGUUUUUAUUAUCACAUGUUCGGUUCUGCUAGCGGCAUGGGAACUUUGAAUGUAUAUUACUCCAGUAGUUCAGGCCAUGUGCAAAAUAUCUUUACAAAAAGUGGAAAUCAAGGAGACCAGUGGUUGUUAGAAGCCGUGGAAAUCCCACCGACAAGUGGACUAGUGAUUUACAUAGAAGGAAUACGAGGAAAAAGUUAUAAGAGUGAUAUCGCAAUAGAUGCCGUGACGGUCACAGAAGGGAACUGUGGUUGCACUGCCAACCCAUGCCACUAA